AUGAGGCGACUCAGCAGCCCCACUAUUGGCUUCACUGCUUCGGCCUUCACCAUACUUUGUCUCCUUCGUAGUGGCAUUGCCCAGUACGACAGCUGCACCGGCGGAAACGUCACCGACAUCGGCAACGGUAACUGUGAUGCAGCCCUCAACGUCGCUUCGUGCGGCUACGACGGGGGCGAUUGCUGCUCGUGCACAUGCAACGACGGCCCGCUGCACCUCUGCGCCGAUAGCGACUUCGACUGCAUGUACCCGGAUUGUGGCGACCCAGCAGUCACCUCUUCGGAUGCGGUCUGCUAUGAGGAUGUGCAAGGCGACGGGAUGUGCAACGAGGAGAACAACAGCGCUGCGUGCGGAUACGACGGGGGCGAUUGCUGCGAGUGCUCCUGCGUCGACGGACCGCUAUUCGAAUGUGGGAGCUUUUCGAUCUUCGACUGUCGCGACCCGGCUUGCUAUGACCCCGCUCUUGUCGCCGAGUUCCCCGAUUGCACGGGGGACUGGUUCAAGAUCGGCGAUGGGGCGUGCAACCCUGAGAACAACAUCGCUUCAUGUGGCUACGACGGGGGCGAUGGUGGCGAGCUCGACUGCGUUGAUCCUAGCGCUCCCGAAGAGUUGUACGAGUGCGAGGCUCCGCCGAUCACCACCACGCCUUGCCCCGCUGACUCGGAGUGGAACUGGGUGGUGGGCGACUCUGAGCAGGCGCUGGCGCUGGCGUUAGCCGUCAACUGCUCCGGGGGGUCGUUUGAGGUGGAAUGGGUAGGAACUGUUGUCGUCAACGAGACAAUCUUCGUCACCGAUGGGACGGUUCUAACGAUAACCGGGGCUGCAGGCUCGAACGCCGCUUUGGAUGGCAACUCCGUAACGAGGCUGUUUACCGUCGUCAACGCUGCCCUGCACGUGAGCGGAAUCAACCUCAGCCACGGCGCUAGCAUCUCCGGAGGGGCGAUCGCCGCCGGGGGGUCCACCUUAACGUUCAAUCAAACAAACUUCAUCGGGAACGUCGCUUCGGGUAACGGCGGAGCCGUGUUCGUGUCGGACGGAUCUCUUGUGUCGUGCGCUGAUGGGACUACCUUCACCGAAAACGAGGCAGGAAUCGACGGCGGCGCCAUGUACGUGACGGGGGGUUCGGCGGUCUCAUGCGGCGGUUGGUGGUUCAGCAACACGGCUGCCAUCCGCGGUGGCGCGAUGAGGGUGCAGCACGAAUCGAGCGCGUCGUGGAGCGAGGGCGCCUUCUUCGCCGGUAACACCGCUGGAGCGUUUGGUGGUGCCCUGAGCCUAGUAAACUCCUCCAGCGUAUCGUGGGACGCUUCCACAGACUUCUACUACAACAGCGCCGCGGUGGCCGGCGGCGCGUUGAGCGCCAGCACCACCUGCAGCUUGUCGUGGAGCGCCCAAACGGGGUUCUACUCGAACAGUGCUGGGCUCUGGGGGGGUGCCGUGUUCGUUCGCGAUGAUUCAAACGCUUCGUGGAGUGGGGAGACCACCACCGUGUUCGACGGAAAUCAAGCAGGCGGGGAAGGAGGGGCCUUAUCCGUAUCCACGAACGCUACUGCCUGCUGUACCUGGGAGACGACCACCGUGUUGUCCGGAAACUCGGCUCCGGACGGGGGCGCCCUGGUGGUCGAUUACGGGUCCAUCGCGUCCUUUGGCGGUAACUUCUUGUUCGAGGGCAACGAAGCUUUCGGUGAUCCAGAAAUGUCAGCAAACCAAACCGGCCUUGGCGGCGCUAUCCGCGUGUUUGAGGGGAGUGUCACGUGGGACGGGACCGUACGGUUCAUCGCCAACACGGCCAAUUUCGGAGGCGCCAUGUGGAUGGCGUUGUCUAGCGUUUCAUGGAGCGGGGAGGCGAUGCUGGCGGAAAACAACGCUUCUGAUUCCGGCGGUGCUCUCUACGUGGCGUCGUGGUCCGAUGUUUCAUGGAGCGGUGCGGACGAAACCGUGUUCGACGGAAACCAAGCCGCUAGUUCGGGAGGAGCUGUGGCGAUACUCGGGAGCACUCUAUCUUGCGAAGGUGACACGACGAGCACUAUUUCCGGCAAUUCAGCUCCCGACGGUGGUGGUCUUUACGCUAUCCUGUCUACCUUGUCGUUUGGCGGCAAAUCGUACUUCGAGAAUAACCAUGCCAUUGGUGACCCGGAAUUCAACUUCACUGGAACUGGUGGGGCGGUCUACUUGUCUGGCUCCACUGCUUCGUGGGUUGGGGAGACGGAGGUUUUCAACAAUUCGGCCGUAGUCUACGGGGGGGGCAUCUUGUUGUUUAACUCGACGGCCUCCUGGGACGGAAACACCACGGUAUCGUAUAACCGGGCCGAAGACCCGGACAACGAAUUCGACGUAGCCGGAGGCGGUGGCAUGCGCUUGGUGGUUGGCUCCAAUGCGGUUUGGGGCGGAGGAACGACACAGUUCAUCGGCAACGACGCUGCGUACGGCAGUGCGAUUAGCAUGGAUACAUCCGUUGGGUCGUGGGGCGGACCCAUGAGGUUCCUUGGGAAUUCCGCUCGCCUCUUUGGUGGUGUGUACCUCGACGAGUCUGAAGUGUCUUGGACUGGAGAGACUGAGUUCAUCAACAACACCGCGUUGAGCGGAGGCGCCAUUUUCCUUCGGAACGGGUCUACUGCGAGCUGGACCGGUGGUACCAACUUCACAUCGAAUCAAGCGUUCUUCGACGGUGGUGCUAUUGUAUCCCCUGAGUUCGACGACGAACUCAACCUCGAAAACUCCGCCAUCCUGAUCAACGGGACCACGUCAUUCUUCAACAAUGCGUGCGGGGGGAACGGGGGUGCCGUGACUCUUCUCGGGGCGUGUGAUUUGGUCGUGAACCCGGCGGCGAGCGUCCGCUUCACAGAGAACGCUGCCGCAGUCGCGGGAGGAGCCGUAUUCGUGUCUGGCGCUGGUGCCGGCCCUGCGUUCGCCAACACCACCUUCACGUCCAACUCGGCCCAGGUAGGAGGUGCGGUGGCCGUGUUCGGUUCCGGAAACUCGAAAGGUGUCGCCGACAUCGAGCCGCCAAACCCGACCACCUUCGAGCGGUGUUGGUUCGUCGGCAACCGGGCAACAGCGACCGGCGGGGCGAUCGAUAGCGCGGCCGGGCACGACUACUUUGUCGACACCACGUUCGAGGACAACGCGGCGGGGACGGGGGGGGCGUUAAGACUAGCGGGUACGGCUUCCAUCAACAGUUGCUCGUUCGUGGAGAACUUCUCCGAUGACGAAGGAGGGGCAGCCGUAUCCAACAUCGGCACGGUUGAAAGCACGGAAAACAUCAGUUUCAGCGCGAACGGGUUCGACUGCCCCUCGGGAACAUUCCUGGGUUAUAACGCGUCGGCAGAUCUCUUCGAGGCCGUCUGCAACGGAUGCCAGACUGCGUGCGUUGGAUGCGCCUUCGCCGACCCUCUCCUGGUUCCGACAUGUACGGACCUCCUCGAGCAUUCCACAAGCUCCGAUGGGAGAGACACCCUUGAGACACUAUCGAUCCAGGCCGGGUAUUGGCGUGCCACCACGUCUGGCACAGAAGUUCUCGCCUGCUACCACGCCGACGCCUGUCUUGGAGGGGUCACUGGAACAUCUGGCUACUGCCUGGAGGGCUACGAAGGGCCAUAUUGUGCCAUUUGCAGUGAGGGGUACUCGGCACAGAUGAGCUUCACCUGCCGUACCUGCUCCGACAAUGCCGGAGGUAUCGCGCUCGCGGCUGCUCUUGCCGUAGUGGGCCUCGUCCUCCUCGUCGCUGUUGUAUCGUACGUGUCUUCUGGGGAGAGGAAUGGAAAGGGAAGAGGGAUUGUCGAGCGCGUGGGGCGGUACAUCCCACUCCAAUCCGUGAAGAUCGUCGUUGUGGCCUGGCAGAUCAUGACGCAGUUCACCAACGUGGCGAACGUCACGUACCCACACGUGUACCAAAACUUCCUGAACGGCCUGGAAGUGUUCAACUUCGACCUCAGCUGGAUGCUCUCUGCCGGCUGCGUUGUCGACGUCGACUUCCACGACCGACUGCUAAUGGCCACCAUUGGCCCGAUAUUCGCGGCGCUUCUCCUGGUUUGCACCUACGCCGCCGCCGUUCGCAUCCACCGCGGAGCUACCGAGACCCUGGAAAACGUGCGGCACAAGCAUGUGUUCAUGGUGCUGCUGCUGACGUUCUUCGUCUACUCGAGUGUAAGCGCUACGCUGUUCAGGACUUUCGCGUGCGAGACACUAGAGGACGGCAAGACGUACCUGCUUGCGGACUACCGCAUCGAGUGCGACUCCUCCAAGCACAAGCGUUUCGAGGUGUACGCAGGCUUCAUGGUAUUGCUGUACACGGCCGGCAUCCCUGCCCUCUACAGCUUCCUCCUUUUCAGAGACCGCGACGUGCUGAAGGGGAGAGAGGCGGCCGGUCAAGACCUACGUUCUCGCGCCACAUCCACCUCCGACCUGUGGAAGCCAUACAAGCCGUCCGUGUUCUACUACGAGGUGGUCGAGUGCGCGCGACGUGUUCUGCUGGCUGGGGUGGUCGUGUUCAUCUACCCGAACUCUUCGGCUCAGAUCGCGAUAACGCUAAUAGUCGCGUUCACCUUCGUGCUGAUCUCGGAGGGCUUGGCCCCGUACGCGUCCAGGUGGGACACGUGGAUCAACCGCAUGGGGCACGUGGUCGUUGUCGCGUCGAUGUACCUCGCGCUCUUGCUGAAGGUGGACGUGUCGAAGGAGCGGUCGAGUAGCCAGGGGGUGUUCGAGGCUGUCCUUGUCGUCGCCCACGUGGUUAUGGUGGUUGUGGUGGUGGCGGAGACGCUCGUGCUGGCGCUGGCCCUGCGAGCGGAACGUCGCAGAGACCAACAUCUGCAAGAAGACCGGUUGCCAAGGUUCCGCAGCAGCGGCAAGGCAAAGGCAAUGCAGACACAUAAGUGGAACGCCGGGACCAUGCCAGAGCCGGACAACAGCCGGUCAGGUGCCCCGGAACGUCGGGGAGUUAGCUACACGGGCACGAGCUGA